AUGGCCGGUACCCCUGUAUACAAUGCCUCCGAGCCAAACGGUGGUGAUCCCUUAAAGGUCGACGUGAAUGCUCAAUUUGAAGGCUUUGAAUGGGACUAUACCUACAUUGUCUUCUGCGGAUUCAUCGUCUGGUUGAUCAUCCCUGGCAUUGGUCUGCUUUACAGCGGCCUGGCUCGAAGGAAGUCCGCAUUGGCGUUGCUUUUCCAAUCUCUCAUGAUUGUAGCCGUAACAACCUUUCAAUGGAUAUUCUGGGGUUAUUCGCUAGCAUAUUCCCGGGAUGCUGGCCCUUUCAUCGGGACACUUGCGAAUUUCGGCUUGAAAAAUGUUAUGGCGGCCCCAUCGCCAGGAUCUGCGGUUUUGCCGGAGAUUGUGUUCUGCUUCUACCAGCUUCUGUUCUGCGCAUGCACGGUGAUGAUCGUUGUAGGCGGAGCUUUUGAACGAGGAAACAUGCUUCCCUCGCUGAUUUUCAGCUUCUGGUGGGCAACCGUGGUCUACUGCCCCGUGGCCUGCUGGACGUGGAACAGCAAUGGAUGGCUAUACAAUUUGCCGUCGCUUGACUUUGCUGGCGGAGGCCCUGUUCAUAUCGCAUCGGGCUGGUCGGCGCUUGCUUACGCCUUGGUUCUGGGGAAGCGCAAGCAUGUCGAUGAGACCUCUCAUGGUAAGCCUCACAAUACUACGCUGGUCUUCCUUGGGACAACGUUGAUUUGGUUUGGAUGGUUCGGAUUUAACGGAGGUUCGGCCCUCAAUGCAAGUGUCAGAGCCAUGCUAGCAGCAUUCAACACCAAUACGGCCGCGUGCACGGGCGUUCUUGGCUGGGUCAUGGUGGACUCGAUCAAGAAUCGCGGAAAAUUCUCCGUUGUCGGCGCCUGCGAGGGCGCGAUUGCGGGAUUGGUUGGGAUUACCCCAGCCGCUGGCUUUGUCUCCGUGUGGCUUGCAGCCUGCAUUGGGUUCCUUACCAGUGUUGUUUGCGCAUUACUUCAAGACAUCAACAAUUGGUUACAUAUCGAUGAGGGUAUGGAUGUGUUCAAGCUGCACGGCAUUGGAGGCAUGGUCGGGGCCUUUUUGACGGGUAUAUUUGCGUCGCAGUCGGUGGCAGCCUUGGAUGGCGCGACCGAAGCCACCGGUGGCAUCGACGGGAACGGGAUGCAAGUUGGGAAACAAUUGGCGGAGGUGUGUGCGAUCUCCGCAUAUGCAUUCAUCGUGUCCUGCAUCCUACUCUAUAUUUUGAAAUGGAUUCCCGGGAUGCAUCUGCGCGUUCAGGAGGAGGCAGAGAUGAUAGGCCUGGACCGGGCGCAAUUCGUUGACGAGCAGAUUGGGGAGCGCGUCAUUCUCGACGAACUGUUUGGGUCUUCAUCGUCGACGACGCCCGCUCAUGCGAGCGUGGUGAAUGAGUCUGUUGGUAUUUCGGCGGCAUCCAAGGAUCUGAAGAUGUAA